AUGGCAGGGGGCUGCGUGCUGGUGCUGGUGCUGGUGCUUUUGGCCACAGUGCUGACCAGGACUGGAGCAAUUCUUGUCGCCAGGCCCUUCACAGCCCUCCCAGAAGCAAAGGGUUGCCACCUAGCCCAGUUCAAGUCCUUCUCUCCAAAGGAGCUACAGACCUUCAAGAGGUUCAAAGAUGCCUUUGAAGAGUCUCUCCUGCCAGAGGACUGCAGAGGCAGCUCCCACCUCUUCCCCCGGCCCUGGAGCCUGAGGCAGCUGCAGGUGUGGGAGCGCCCUGUGGCCCUAGAGGCUGAGCUGGCCCUGACACUGAAGGUCCUGGAGGCGGUAACUGAUGAGGCCCUGCGGGAAGUCCUGGACCAGCCCCUUCACACACUGCGCCACAUCCAGUCCCAGCUCCAGGCCUGUGGCCGGGCUCAGCCCACAGCAGGCCCCAGGCCCCGGGGCCGCCUUCGGAACUGGCUGCACCGACUCCAGGAAGCCCCGAAGAGGGAGUUCCCUGGCUGCCUGGAGGCCUCUGUCAUAUUCAACCUCUUCCGCCUCCUCACCUGGGACCUGAAAUGUGUUGCCAGUGGACACCUGAACCAGGUGACGCAUCAAGGUCGUCUUGUGUUUGGACUUGCUCCCAUCACUCUCCUGUCACAGUUCUCUUCUGCCUCCAGCCAGAGAAAGUUCUCUCCCCCAAAGGCUCAUGGGGGCUUCAUCUCUCCCUUUCGGGCUACCACUGCUGGCUCUGCGGACAGCAGCCCUCCCCCUUCCCUUGCCGGGCUGCCCUCCACCCUCCCUGCAGCAGCCAACCCAGCUCUGACUGUGCUGGCUCCAGAAGGCCCCGAAGAAGUGUGUCAUUAG